UGUGACUGCAAAUCAUCUCGGAUCACACAGCCGAGCUGCCUAAUCAAGCCUAUAUCUACGGAUAUCGCCGAAACCCUCGUCAUUGCUGCCCUCCCAUCUGCUUUGUACCACCACAUUCCAUCGACUCCUUUUCCUCCAUCUUUUCCAUCUUGACGAAUCAUGUCCUGGCAAACAUACGUCGACACUAACCUGGUGGGCAGCGGCAAGAUCUCCAAGGCCGCGAUCGUAGGGCAGCAGGGCGGCGUGUGGGCGACCAGCCCCGGUUUCGAGCUCUCGGCCGAGGAGCAGAAGGCCAUCACCGCGGCGCACAACAACACCGACAGCGUGCUCGCGUCCGGCGUGCGGCUCGCGGGCACCAAGUACUUCGCCACGCAGGCGGACGCGCGGAGCAUCUACGGAAAGAAGGGGGGCGACGGAUGCGUGCUCGUGAAGACGAAGCAGGCGAUUCUAGUCACGGAGUACGUGCUGCCGGCCCAGGCUGGAGAGGCUGUGAAAGUUGUCGAGGAAUUGGCCGACUACCUGAUCGGCGUCGGCUACUAGAGCGCGUUUCGCGAUGGAACGAUCGCGUUAAUGGAGUCCGAGGUGGUGCUUCCCCGUCACAAAGAAUAGUCUGUAUCUUAUCACAACCUGCAUCGUCGCUGAAUACCGCAUUAUCGUCUGUCUGAGUCACUUCGUUUUGACUUGCCGCGAAUGCAGGAGCCAUUUGCUUGCUUGCUUGCUACAGGAAAUCCGACCAUUUGCCGAGCCCGACUUAGACACAGUGUUCGGGCGAUGAUGUACCAUUCAUUAACGUCCGUCCAAUCAAGAAGGCCAGUCCUGCAUCGUGACAGUCAUCGAGAGUCGGCAAACUUUCGCAAAAUUAAAACUCGGAAGACGCUGGUAACAAGAACCUGAUUCAUCAAUCGCGAAACAUCGAUGACGAGCUCCAAAAAACGCCGGCCAGACGAAGGACUGUCGGGCCGGCGCCUGUUGGCCGAUCUCCUCGAUCGCCGCCUCUCCUUUGCCGAGAAGAUCCGCAAGCCUGCCUGCAAUUUUCUCGAUGCGAGUGCGUUCUGCAGAAUGAAAUGCACGUUCUUGAUGGGAAACGCUCCGUCGGUGUCUCAGGGAGACUGGCUGAAGAGGCAUGGCGGCGGCUCAAAGCAUCCAGUGUCCCAGGUCGAGCGUCUCGUCUGCACGAACCCCGGGAGAGCGCGUCUUGAGUCUGGAUUUUGCUGCAGACGAUGCGUAUGAGCUUGCACAGCGUCCCGCCCAGGCCGGGAAGAUGCUAGUCUUUCGUAUCCUGACGUCUUAAAGAAGGAUCAGACAUCAGUUCAGCUUUGGAAAACGCGUAACGCGCACCGGCGGCGUUGUGUAGUGUUCGCCCUGUGAGGUCGGGAAGAGCAGUCAGGAGGAGAAUCCUACUUUUGGACAAGCGGUGCUGGUUAAUCGAACGGACGGAGCUGCUUGAAGUAGGGCCGCUUCAUCUCUGUGCAGGGUUUGUUGGUCUGGAAUGCUGGCCUGAUUUAUCAACCAGUCUCGCGUAUUGCCUGCCGACGUUGCUGAAGCUGGCAUACCAUUGGAGCAUCUGCGUCGAGAGCUCAUGUCCCGCCGAAGAAAUGGUGGAUGAAUAAGAGCUCAUUCGUUAAUUUUCUUCCUCGUCUUGGAACUGGGCGCCAUUGAACUCCAAGAGACUGUGGUUGAUUUCCGGAUGACGCCCGGUUCCUUGAAAAAAAUCUGUCAGAAUGUGUAGAGCGAG